AUGUCAGACGCUAUCAGCUUGCCUCCUGCAGGCGGCCAUCCUUCCAACGUUGCCUGCGGCGUAGCCAUAUCAAGCUGUGGCAACGUAACCAGCAUCGCCUACCCAUCCUGGCUCGUCCAUGACGACUCCACUUCCCUCCACUCCCACUGCGGUUACCGAGGCUUCGAGCUGAUUUGCCGGAACAACACCCCGAGCAUCCACCUUCCCUCCAGCAAUUACUCAGUCACCAACAUCGACUACGAAACCCGUACCAUCUCCCUCGUCGACGUCGACAUCGUCUCCGUCCGUGAAGAGUGCCCUCGAGUACAUCACAACCUCACCUUCGAUCCCGACUCAAUUCUGCGCUACGCUCCCUCCGACGUCAACAUCACCUUCUUCUUCGACUGCAUCGACGGCCCACGGGAUCUCCACAUUCCCAGCCUCAGCUCUGCUGUUGGAAACCGGUCCUAUGUCUUCACGACCGACACGAUGAGAGACUCUUAUCGCCAUCUUCCACGGACGUGCUGCUGGCUUAUAUUGCAGAUGACUUACCUACCCGAUACGGAGGGGUGUUGCAGAGUGGAUUCAAUUUGA